AUGGUUAUACAAAAGGCAACAUUCAAACGCCAUAACCUUUGUUUACAGUCAGAUCAAACUCAAAGCGUAAAGCUUUUCGAGUUUCUUUGUUUUGGCGGCAGUUGCCAUGGUCACCAAAAAUCCUUUUGUGUAAGGUGGCAAGAGUUCAAUUAGUAGCCGUGCCGUGAUUGGUCAGACAGGCACGAGAGAAAGAAACACUGAUAAUUACUUAAUUAAGAUCCACAUGCGUGGGUCGAGGCAAUAAAUGACGUAACAACAUCACUCGCUCGCGCCUGUUGUGCAUUAAUAAUUCAUGAAUGAUUUCAGGAACCGUCAAAUGGCAAUAACAAGUCUUUUGUCUUUGAUUGCGGACUUCACUUUAAUUAUGCACCUCAGUUGAUGACUGCAGAUGCUUUUGCUCAAAUAAUCCGCCGCAGACAUUCACAUUCACCAAUCUUUUGCACGAACUAACGCUCUCUGUGUUUCAAAGUGAUCGAAAAUUUACAAACCAAAGCGAAUACAAACUCGUGAUGCCCAGCACGAGGAAUAGAAGUCGUGUAUCUGAUCAGUCAAGCAGCAAAAUCGACCUUAGUGAUUUUGAAAAGAAGGAAUUUGUCCCGCGACUGAAAAGAUGUAAACAUAAAACUAAAAAACCUCCGAACAGCAAGAAGUUACACGAGCAAUUCGAGGACCAGACCGAAGGCACUGAGUCGAUAAUGAAAGAUAGCAAGGCAAGAGUUCCGAAAACGAAGAAAGAACAACUAACGGAAACACUGCUUUGGCUUGAAGAAAACUAUGUAAUGUGUGAAGGUGUCUGUCUUCCCCGCUGCAUUCUGUAUGCUCAUUAUCUGGACUUCUGUCGAAGGCACAGUGUCGAUGCAGCAUGCGCUGCAACGUUUGGAAAGACGAUACGACUGAAGUUUCCUCAACUUACCACAAGACGGCUCGGAACCCGCGGCCAUUCAAAGUAUCACUACUACGGAAUAGGUAUCAAAGAAUCCUCUGCCUAUUAUCACUCGGUUUACUCAGGCAAAGGUUUAACGAGAUUUUCUGGAUCAAAAGUCAAGAAUGAGGGUUCAUUUUCUGUGCGAAAAUACUCACUCAGCUCCAAAACUGGAACACUAUUGCCAGAUUUCCCAAAUCCGAGACUUCUGGAGUUACCGGAGAAAAUAUCAUUAGAAAAGGUGGAGACGUUUGUAGUUAUGUACAAGACUCACUGUCAGUGUAUAUUGGACACCGCAAUUAAUGCUAAUUUUGACGAGAUAAAAAAUUUUCUUCUGCACUUUUGGCAAGGAAUGCCUGACCAUCUCUUACCACUGAUGAACACAGAGGUCGUAGCUGAUGUGAUUUGUGUUUGUGACUCAAUUUUAUACAAGGUUCUUAUGGAUGUUUUGGUUCCAUCUACAAUGCAGGAUGUACCAGAAGGUCUCCUCGCUGAUAUCAGGACGUUCGCGAGACAUUUGGAGUCCUGGGUAAUAGCUGCUACGGUCGAGCUACCGGAUUAUCUCAAAAUGGGAAAAAUUCAAGCUGUGAGGCGUUUUGUUCAGUCACUGAGAAGGCAGACAUCUUUCUUACAUCUUGCACAGACUGCACGACCCGUUUUAGCAAACCAAGAAGUAGUUGAUCACAUGGUCAAAGACAUUGAGAAGUUAGACAGUGGAAACAUUGGAAGACAAACUGUUCACACAAAAACUGAAAAGGACUGCGAGGAUGGGUUUGAUAACGAAUUUCUUCAAGAUUUUGUGGAACUGCUGCGGGAACAAGCUCCCUUGGAGUCGUACGUGGAAUGGUUAGAUAGACUGGUAGAGACAAAGAUCAUUCGGCCUUGCGAAGGCACUGGUGAUGACUUCAAAAGCCGAGCCCAGGAAUUUCUGUUGAGAUGGUCAUUCUUGGGAGCAAGGUUGAUGCACAGUCUUACGCUCAACGCUUCCACGCAUUUCGGUUCAUUUCACCUCAUCAGAAUGCUUCUUGAUGAGUACAUGCUGCUUGUUAUCGAAACAAAAUUCUACAACGAAACAGAGGAGAAACUACAAGAAAUGUUGGACAGGCAUCUCAAAAUGGGUGAAGGAGUCGACAAAGAAAAAUCUCCUCUUCGAGUACAGACCGUUGUGACGAAAACAAAAUUCACGGUUCCUGAUAGCGUUGUACUCAACGGAGGCAAACUGCCUCCUAAGAUCGAAGUCGAAGAACCUGAGUACGCUUGUCGUCCGUCCAAUCGCAACAAACGGACGAAGUCACGUGAUCACGUAAAUGGCGUGAAACUGAGGCCUAAGAAAUUGUCCACUCAUCGCCUGAGCGCAUGCUCUAUGAUGAGUGAACCGAUGUCACCUGCGAUGAAUGGUUUCCCGCCCACACCGCUGGAGUCAACCGCCUUCAUGAUGCCAUCACCUAAGGAGAAUUACUUUCCUGGUCACAAUGGAAUGCCUCAUGCGCCUGUACUCACGCCACCCGUGUCACCAGCGGUUUCGACAGGAUUAGCCAGAAAUGCUCUGGGAAACAGCAACUUUUCACAAGUGACCUACACGGCUUUGGGCGAGAAAAAGCAGCCUUGGGGGUAUACCGUGAGUGGCGAUGUAAACCCUUCAUCUGAGGCAAUUGACAGCCUGGUUGCGCAGCACUUCAAUAACUGUGGGCUCGGUGGGUUCGUAGAGCCAAAUCGGUACCAGGCUCCGACGACUAACGAGAGUUGUUACAUGGCUAGUGGUUAUGAUCACAGCCAAGAGUACGUUGCAAAUGGUAGCAGUCAUUCGUGUCCCUCGCCAUAUCACGCUAUGAUGAAUCAAGCAAACGUUCCUUACCCACACGUAAUGCAAGGCUACUACAUGCCAGUCACGCAACACGCCUCACGGAAUCACGUGGAGCACGUCAGCACAAGCGUAGAAGUCCCUCUGAUGGCCUGUAGUAUGGUGUAUUCUGAAGCGUCUGGAAUGUUGGAUGAGGGAGUCGGGGUCGGGGAACACACGGACGAAAAUGAGGAAUACAUCAACAUGACAGUCCAUAAGCUGUUCAACGGCGACUGUGAGUUGGAAAAGAUGGAUUGUGUAGAUGAACCAGGAAUACUUCCCUCUAUCAAUUCACUUCUUACAGAAGCAGCCAUUUAGAGAUCAUUUAUGAUAGGAAAGGCUUUUUUUUGUGGAAAAAAUGUACAGGAGAAAUCCAUAGCAUAUAUUUACGCGGCCAGCUCAUUAUUCACAGCUUGAACAUGGCAGUUUCGAGUAUAAAUUCAAUCAAUUUUAGGCCCCGUCCACACGUAUCCGGAUAUUUUUGAAUCCGCAACUUUUUCUUUCCGGAUACGGCUAUCGUCCACACGUAUCCGGCGAAUUCGCGAGCAAAUCCCGAUAUUUUUUAAUCCGCUCUCCAGAGCGGAAAUUUUUGAAACCGAUAACAUUUUGGAUACGUGUGGACGGUCGAAUCCGGAUAUUUUCUGAUACGAUGACCUCACAAAAUGGGCGCCGGUGUUUACCGCACAAAGUUAAAAAAUAUCCGGAUACGUGUGGACGGGGCCUUGUUUGAUUAACUUUUCCUCGCACCAGAAAUUCCGUAAGAAAACUAAAAUUGGUUAUUUUGAAACAGCCAUUUUUUUUUUGUUUAAACGUCCCAAAAAAAUCGCCUAAAAUUCCGUAGCUAACCUUAUUAAUUUUAGAAAAAAAAGCUCAGCAUACUUAAGAGAUCAGCAAGUCAAGGAGUACUGAUCGGCAGCUACACUAAUCGAGCUUGUUUUUAACGUACUCCUACUUACCGCAAACCUGUCCAGAAUUUACUUAUAAUUAGAUAUGAUCCAAACGUGAUAGAAAAUCGAGCUCAAAAUCUAAAAAUUCCAGCAAAAAUCUGCAAAGUUAUCGGCUAAAUUAAUGCAUUUCAAUCAUUCGUUUAGAUUACGUUUAUCCCUGUCACGAGAUUCUUUUUGUUAUCACAAUAGCUGAGUAUUCUUAAUAUUUAGAUAGGAAAUUUGACCAUGAUUUUUAAUUUUGAUUUUAGUUGUUAAAUGAUGUAUCACAUAUUUGAUAAUGAGGAUGAAAAUAAUUCUGAGAUGUGCAAAUGGAGAUGAUUGAUAAGAAUUAGAAAUUUCAAUGAGACAUUUUGUAAAAUAAGAAAUAUCAUGAAGCGAUAUAUAUUUUCAUACUGUAGUCUAUUUUUGUAAAUAUUUUAUAUUUUAUAUUGUAUGGCUGUUUUUCUAUAAACACUUUUUUUACGCCGAGUUCAGUUGUAUUACAUGUUGUUUUGUAGACGAAGAGAUCAGGGAAUAUAUUGUUAAUAAAAUUGAGACUUUUAUUGAUUA